AGAGAGGGAGUUUUUCGUCGAGGAAAUUCCAAGGUCGAUGGCUUAUCUCGUUCCUUGCGUCACCAUUCUGAGAGCUGUAACCCCGCGUGGCCACAUGCUUGCUGACAUUUUCUCCGAGUGACGGAGAAUUGCUCCCGUCUCUUCGCUGCUUUCGUAGCCACACCCGCGACCACCAUGCCGCAGACAAACAUCCCUAGUUGGCACUUUGCCAACGAGAAAGGCAGGUUUUCUGUGACGUCUUUCAAGGGCCAUAAGCUGGCUUGCAUCGUCGACAUAAAGUACCCUGAAUGCAAUAAAGUCGCGAUUCUAUGUCCAGGGUUGUAUGCGAGCAAAUGCCACGUCCUUCUGACUACUAUAGCAGAGGGUCUGCCUGUCAAUUCAAUUCGUUUCGACUUCCGCGGUAACGGAGAGUCUGAGGGAGAUGACGACUGGAGCUUUGGAGGCUAUGUUGACGAGGCAAAGGAUGACUUGCAUGCAGUUGUCGACACUUGCUCAUCGUAUAAUCUUGAGGUCGUUUGUAUAAUCGGUCACUCCCGAUCGGCGACGACAGUUCUUCUUCACGCGGCCAUGUUUGAUGAUGUCCCUCUAGUAGUUAGCCUUGCUGGUCGAUACGAUAUGCGACAGGGCCUAGAAAAACACUUGUCUCCUGAAAAAUUGAAGGCGUUCUCUGUGCUGACAGCUGGCACGGGAAUGGGUAAGCAAGCUGACGUUCUGUCAAGCUCUCUUGAGAAUGACAAAGAUAUUCUGAAGAAGCAAGGCACAGAAGUCGACGAGAAAGUCGAAUUUGUUUCCCCAGAUGGUCGCAGACGCGUCAUAACAAAGAAAUGUGUCCUCGAUCGUCUCACGCUAGAUCUCCGACAGUAUUUCUCGCAGAUCAAGCAUACGAAAAAGAUCCUCAUCAUCCACGGCUCUGAAGAUCGAACUGUACCUUGCGAAGACGCCACACAGCUAGCGAAUGCCCUUCCUCAGAACAAGACCAAAGUCGUAAUUAUUGAAAGGGCAUCUCAUUCUCUGGUGGACAGCCAGGCAAUCAAGACUCAGGUCGUCCAGACCAUCGAAAACUUCAUAGUCGAAAACGGCCUCAGCUGCAAGAAGGCCUAAAAUCACUCAUCUGCCCGUGUCUGUCUUGUGCAUGCUUGCAAGUGGAGCUGUGUACAAAUGUAUUUGUACCUUCGGUUGUGCACCCGUCUACCACUCGUGGCAUGUAAGUGACAUGUUUGAAACAAGGGGACGAGCACGCUUCGGUUUUUCCAGCUGCUUUAACAGUGCAUUGUGAAGGUGUUGGUGCGAGGAGUGAGGGCUGUGCAGCUUCUCAAUGCAGGCUCAUCGAAGACAAGCCUCUUUCUUUUCCACAUUGAAAUGUCUCUGGACUGAUGAACACUUUAUCUAACCGUUUUUAAGCAGCGCGUUAGCGAGUUAUUUCCUCUGAGACGCAGCGUGGCUCGUGAACUUCAUUUCAAGCAUGAGUCUGUAACCACCGUGGUGCAUGUGGUGGUAGGGAUGACAACGACAGGAAUCGUUUUUUUUUAAUUGAACUGCUGCCUCAAAAGGACUUUCGUGGGGCGUGUUACCGGACAAGUUGGUACAGAUUUCUCUGCCGCUCGUUGAUAUCCGUUUUGGUUUUCUUAGCUCACGUGUCCACAACAAGCGCAUGCUUCACAGAUACAUACAGGCGUUUGCAUGUUGUUUUGCUAAGGAUGACGGCCCGAAAGGAUCACAUCAUAGGCUCAUCUGGCCGCAGAGAACACGGAUCAGCGUGGAUGAAAUGGGCUUCUUUUCGCUUUUUCCAGUGCAAAGCACGCAGAAAUCGCUGUUCUCUCGUUGGUGUGGCAUCUAGAGGCGACUUGAAUGUCCGCUCUUUCGCGAUCGUGUUGUCUCGGGUGCUCUCAGGUUUGGCGCCUUGCUAAUUCCUGUUUUAUCCUUGCUUUUACCUCUCUUGUUCACCAUUACGAUGCGACAGUGUAUUUGCUGGCCACCUUCCCACACCAAAGCUUAACUCGCUUCCAAAACAUUAUCCCUGCAGUACAAGUCAGUUACACUUACCACCAGAUUCGUGCGUGG